UAACCUUAAGAAUGCAGUCGGUUUGUCAGAGAGUUGGUGCUUGUUCCUCAUGUUUGAAGAGACAACUAAAUGGCUUUCUGGGAUUAAUUAAAUGGCAGAGAAGAUUGGUUCCUGCUUGUGUCAGAACUAUUUACAGUGAGACGGGGAAAUGGGAAAAAAGCUAUGGGUUGGAGACGAGGAAAAGAGUUGAAAAUUGGUGGCUCCCACGAAUAAAGGAUCAGUUCUGCAGAAUUUCAGAAACUGAUAAAUCAAGACCAAAAUUUUAUGUGCUUUCUAUGUUCCCAUAUCCUUCUGGAAAGCUUCACAUGGGCCACGUUCGUGUCUACACCAUCAGUGAUGCAAUAGCUCGAUUCCAGAAAAUGAGAGGGAUGCAGGUGAUUAAUCCAAUGGGAUGGGACGCAUUCGGUUUACCAGCAGAAAAUGCUGCAGUUGAACAUGGGCUUCACCCUGCAAGCUGGACACAAAGUAAUAUCCAACACAUGAGAGAACAGUUUGAUGCACUAGGUCUGUCUUUUACAUGGGAAAGGGAAGUGACCACUUGCUUACCAGAGUACUACAAAUGGACACAGUAUCUCUUUCUUAAGCUUUUUGAAGCCGGGAUAGUGUAUCAAAAAGAGGCCUUGGUGAAUUGGGAUCCAGUGGAUCAAACUGUUCUAGCUAAUGAACAGGUGGAUGACAAUGGUUGCUCAUGGCGUUCAGGAGCAAAAGUGGAACAGAAAUACCUCAAACAGUGGUUCAUCAAAACUACAGCUUAUGCAAAGGCUAUGUUUGAUGCUUUGUCCGACCUCCCUGAGUGGUAUGGUAUAAAAGAAAUGCAAGCAAAUUGGAUAGGUGACUGUGUUGGAUGCUCUCUUGACUUCUUGCUAAAGGUGAAUGGCAAAGUAACAGGAGAGAAGCUAGCAGCUUACACCUAUACACCUGAAGCUAUUUAUGGAGCUUCUCAUUUAUAUAUCUUACCAACUCACAGGCUGUUGCAUGGGAAUAGCAGUCUCAAGGAAGUCUUUCAGAAGGAGUUCAUCCCAGGCAAAGACUCACUCACUUCAGUGACAGCUGUGAAUUUGCUCACCCAUCAAGAGAUUCCUGUAGUCAUCUCAGCAAAACCCAACUUUGAGAAUUAUCUUGAUACUAAAAUAGGAAUUCCAAGUACUAGUGCGGAAGAUGCUGCAGUCGCUAAGAAUCUGGGCAUUUCUUUUACUGAAGUCAUUGAGACAUUGCCAAAUGGUUUGGAGAAAGUCAUUAAUUCUGCAGAGAUCACAGGCAUGACUCGGCAGGAGGCUCUAAAAGCUAUUACCCAGCAGGCCAAAAAAACAAGAAUAGGUGGAGACCUAACGAGUGACAAAUUAAGAGAUUGGUUAAUAUCUCGACAGCGGUAUUGGGGGACACCUAUUCCUAUCAUUCACUGCCAGACAUGUGGCAUUGUCCCUGUACCUUAUGAAGACUUACCUGUGGUGUUGCCCAAUGUGACCACCUUCACAGGAAAGGGAGCCUCACCUUUAGAAACAGCUCCAGAAUGGGUGAACUGUUCCUGCCCGAGGUGUAAGGCAGCAGCACGGCGAGAAGUCGAUACCAUGGAUACAUUUGUGGAUUCGGCUUGGUACUACCUGAGGUACACUGACCCUCACAACACAGAGAGGCCCUUUAGUAGUGAGUUAGCAGACUACUGGAUGCCCGUGGAUUUGUACAUCGGAGGAAAGGAGCAUGCAGUUAUGCACUUAUUCUAUGCAAGGUUUUUAAACCAUUUUUGCCAUGAUCUAAAGAUGACAAAACACAAGGAGCCUUUCCAUAAGCUCUUGGUUCAAGGUCUUAUCAAGAAUCAGACAUUCAGACUAACAACAACAGGCCAGUGUUUGAAGAGGGAAGAGGUUGAUCUCACGGGAACUGAACCCAUUCACCUAAAAACUGGUGAAAAGCUCCAAGUUGCUUGGGAAAAAAUGAGCAAAUCAAAGCAUAAUGGAAUAGACCCUGAAGAAUUAGUGAAAGCGUAUGGCAUUGACACCCUACGUCUUUACAUCCUGUUUGCUGCUCCUCCAGAACAAGAUAUUUUGUGGGAUGCUAAAACUGAUGCUAUGCCAGGCGUUCAGAGAUGGCAGACGCGCCUCUGGACACUUGUAACUAAACUUAUUGAAGCAAGGACAUCAGGAACCAUGCCAAAUCCUGAGCUUCUGAAAAAGAAAGAGAAGGCUGAAGCCAGAAAGAUCUGGGAGCAGAAGAAUCUGGUGAUUUCUGAGGUGACAGAGUACUUCACAAAGGAUCAUUUGUUCAAUGCAGCUAUUUCCCGAUUGAUGAGCCUCACCAAUGUACUCCAGCAAGCUUCCCGCCCUCUUAUUCUCCACAGCACAGAAUUUGAAGAUGCUUUGGCUUCACUCUGUAUUAUGGUUGCACCUAUGGCUCCACACAUUGCAUCAGAGAUGUGGAAAGGUUUGGCACACAUGCAGAAUAAACUUUGUUCUCAUCAUCACUGGGAUGUUGAUGUUCUGCAUCAGUCUUGGCCCAAAGUAGACCCAGAGUACCUUCAGCCGUCAGAUGUUGUGGAGAUGUCAGUUCUGAUCAAUAACAAAGCUUGUGGCAAAGUUUUUGUGCCUCAGCAAGCAGCCCGCAAUUUUGAAGAAGUCCAUGAGCUAGUUCUUCAAAGUGAACUUGGAGCCAAGCAUCUCCAGGGGCGAACCAUUCAAAAGGCCUUUCUGUCUCCCAGAACUGCCCUUAUCAACUUCUUAGUGCAAGAAUAGUGGAGCCUCUGCUGGGCCGUAAAAGGGAAGUGGAAUCUUUCAAGAUGAACCCAACUCAAAAACAUCAGUUAUGGUUAUUUAAAUGUCAUGUAACAGAGGGGAAGAAAUGUUGUUACAAUAGAUUGCUGUUAAAUCUUCAUUUCAAUGUGGAGAAAUGUGCAGAAUUAAAGAUUCUUAUGGAGUAAUGG